AUGUAUGGCCUGCCUAAAGACCACAAAGCCACGGUACCGCUUCGGCCAGUUGUGUCAGCUGUUGAUAGCCCGGUGACCAAUAUUUCUAUUGUACUGGAGCGCAUACUCAACCAAUGCCUGAGAUAUGUCUCAGCACAUCUGAAAAACACGCUGGAAGCACUGGAGGAUAUCCGGCAAGUGUAUCCCGACCUACAAGCCCCAGCGGGGACCAUCAUCGUUACAAUGGACGUGGUCGCUCUUUACCCAAGUAUCGAUAUCGCUGAAGGGGUGGAGGCGGUUGCUAGAGUCCUGCAGCAGCACAUCGAGUCUGUUGACACAUUUGGUUUAAGCGUGGAGCAGAUCGAAGAGCUGUUAACCUUCCUUCUAAGAUCCAAUUAUUUCAGAUUUGGUGAGAAGGUCUACCACCAGAGGGAAGGCAUCGCCAUGGGUAACAACCUAGCGCCCCCGUUUGCGAUUAUCUUCAUGCAUGACCUCGAAACCUCGCUGUUUGUCAACUCGCCUGGUGCUCCCGUACUCUACAAGCGUUAUAUUGAUGACAUCAUUAUGCUGUGGACACUGGGGGCCGCGCUUCUCCGCCAGCUGAUUGCAUUCUUCAAUACCGCCAAUGCGAGCAUCAAGUUCACGUAUCAAUCUUCGGAGGAAACUGGGUCGGUUGACUUUAUGGACACGACUAUUCAUGUCUCCUCCGAGGGCGCAAUAUCAUUCGAGCUGUUCCGCAAAGCUUGCCACAGUGGCCUCGUCUCAGACUUCAACUCGUGCGUUCCGCAACAGCAAAAACUCGCCAUCGCGUCUUCGGAAUUCCUCCGCGCGGCCCGAAAGGGGGGGCCUUUACCCUGA